UUAUCUCUUAAGGGAGAACCCAGCCACCUUAUGGAGAAAACUCACUUGGGCUGCUUGUACCAGUGAUCUGUCACUACCUCCCUUUUCACCACAUUGGACCAAUGCAGAUGCGUUCCUUUUUUUUUUACUCACUCAUGACCAAAACCCUGAGGUACUUAAACUCCACCACUUGUGCCAGGAUGUCAUCUGUCAGGAGAUGGACCUCCACCCUUUUUAGAGCAAGAAUCAUGGACUCCAGACAAAUCAUGCCCUAUUAAUUUCCCUUAUUUUUCAUUUUCUCAACAAUUUUCAACAAAUUUUCCCCAGGUUUCCACUUCAACGUGAAUGCACGGGUGUCCAAACACACCCAUUACUCCCAACAGCUGUGGCACAAACACAUCUGGAAUCUUUUGUCUUAUCUUUUAUGUUCAUGCAAAGGAACAUGCUUAGAAACAUGCGUUGGUAGCAUGCUGGUUUAUGAAGCAUCAAUGCUGCCGUUCCUGUGUAUAACUUUUAACUAUAACAGACAUGAGUUUAAUGACAUCAUGGUGAAAGCAUUUAUUUGGCAGAGUGACUGGGCGGAUGUUAUGGACUGUGAGGCGCUGCAGUUGCACAGUUCCUUGCAGAGCUUCUCCGAAAGAUUCAUUAUGAAGAGGUCAUGAAGGAACACAGAAGACGGACUCUGCUAGAAGAACCCGUCGUCAUUCGCAACUGUGGCCACCAUGCUUCGGACUUGUGUGACGUUCUGUCUUCUGUCAGUCGUCUUCUCCCAGUCUGUGUAUUCCUCACCCAAAAAAGGCCGCAACAUCACCAUCCAUUCUUCCAAUCUGGUGUGUAGUCUGCCAGGUCCAGGAGGGCCUGCAGGGAACCCGGGACCCCCUGGGUCGCCAGGGGUGAUCGGGCCAAUGGGAGCCCCUGGAAAAGACGGUCCAGAUGGGAAGGAUGGAGACAAAGGAGAAAAAGGAGAUACAGGUGAUCCUGGCAGGCUCGGAAAUCCAGGCAAACCAGGUUUGAAAGGCCGCGAGGGCCUCAUCGGGAAGGCUGGACCCCGAGGACUUAAGGGCCAACGGGGGUCACCGGGUCUGGCUGGCAAAAGAGGCCUGAAAGGAGACGAGGGGGACUCGGGCCAGCGAGGAGAACCCGGGGGCUGCAGUUGUGGCAGCGCCGCCCGCUCGGCUUUCUCUGUGGCGGUGUCAAAGAGCUACCCGAAAGAGCGGAUGCCCAUUCGCUUCAGCCGCAUCUUGCUCAACGAGGGCAACCACUACAACACGAGCAGCGGGAAAUUUGUGUGCGCCAUCCCUGGGGUCUAUUACUUCACCUAUGACAUCACCGUGGCCAACAGGCACUUAGCCAUCGGGCUGGUCCACAACGGACAGUACAAGAUUAAGACAUUCGACGCAAACACAGGAAACCAUGACGUGGCAUCCGGUUCUACUGUUCUCCACUUGCAGCGUCUCGACCAGGUCUGGCUGCAGAUCUUUUACUCGGAGCAGAACGGACUCUUCUUUGACCCCUUUUGGACUGACAGCACCUUUACAGGCUUCCUCAUCUACGCUGAUCAGGCUGAUGUAACGGCUGAUAUAUAAAUAAGAAGCCAAAAAGUUACCACUUCCACACAAAAUAGGAGGAGAACUCAUUCAUUCAGGUGCAGGAGCCUAUCCCAGCCGUCUUUGGGCGAGAGGCGGGGUACACACUGGACUAGUGGCCAGCCAAUCACAGGGCAUAUAUAGACAAACAACCAUUCACACUCACAUUCAUACCUAUGGACAAUUUGGAGUCGCUAAUUAACCUAGCAUGUUUUUGGAAUGUGGGAGGAAACCGGAGUACCCGGAGAAAACCCACGCAUGCACUGGGAAAACAUGCAAACUCCACACAGAGAUGGCCGGGGGGGGACAAAAUAAGUAGCCAAAAAGUUACCACUUCCACACAAAAUAGGAGAACUCAUUCAUUCAUUCAUUUUCUACAGCUUAUGCUCACGAGGGUCGCGGGCGGUGCAGGAGCCUAUCCCAGCCGUCUUCGGGCGAGAGGCGGGGUACACCCUGGACUGGUGGCCAGCCAAUCACAGGACACAUAUAGACAAACAACCAUUCACACUCACAUUCAUACCUAUGGACAAUUUGGAGUCGCUAAUUAGCCUAGCAUGUUUUUAGCAAUGCUUUUGGAAUGUGGAGGAAACCGGAGUACCAUGCAAACUCCACACAGAGAUGGCCGAGGGUGGAAUUGAACCCUGGUCUCCUAGCGUGAGGUCUGUGCGCUAACCACAUGUCCCCACCGUGCAGCCUGUCACUAUUUUCAUGUUUCUUAUAUUACUCUAAAUUGUCCAUAUAAUUAUGAAUGGGUGUACCCUGCCUCUCGCCUCAGGUUAGCUGGGGUAGGCUCCAGCAUACUCCUGGCAACUCUUAUAUUCAAUAGAUUCACUGCACACAAAAUGAAAUAUUUCAUGAAUGUAUUUGAUGAUUAUU